AUGCGAGCCGGGAGCGCCGCGGGGCGCCCUGGGUCCCCACCCCCUUCUCUGGCCCCCUGUGGCUGUACACAGCCGCCCAGGGACCGGGCGCAGGAUGCUGCAGCCCGAGGGCCCCCGGGGCUCCGAGGAGGUGGGCCGCGGCGGGGCGAGUGCGUCAUCUGCUACUCGGCCUACGACCUCUCCGGCCACCUGCCACGCCGCCUGUACUGCGGGCACACCUUCUGCCAGGCCUGCGUGCGGCAGCUGGACACCCCAGCCCAGGAGCAGCGCUGGAUCCCCUGCCCGCAGUGCCGCCAGAGCACGCCCACGCCACGUGGAGGGGCAGCCAUGCUGGACCUAGACCUGGCUGCCUUCCUGGCAGUCAAGGCUGAGCGGGAGCCUGCGAGGGGGCAGCCACGGCCCCCUGCGCCCCUCAAAGGCAGCCCUGCCGUCACAGAGCAGCCCGCCGGGCUCUGCCCCACCCUGGGCCCCCAGCCCCGCUUCCCCCCAUCCGG